CAGCCAAACCUCGCCCACCUCGCCGCCGCUCCCAGAUCCGCCACCGCCGCCUCCCUCCCCCUCUCUCGAUCUCAAUCUCCAGGCGAGACACGAUGGCAUUGCCGCUGCCCUCCGCGGUCUUCCUCCUGCUCCUCGUGGUGGCCUCGCCGGUGCUCUGCGCCGCGCAGAGCCCCAUCUCGCAGCCGCCGUCGCCCGGCGCGCCCACCGCGUCCCCGCUCCUCCGCCCCGACGCCGACUCCGACGAUGACAACGGAUCCUCUGUGCCCCCCUCCCUGGCCCCGGCCCCCGCGGGCUCCCCGGGCGAGGACAAGGCGGCGGCGGCGUCCCCUCCCGCGCCCACCGACACGUCCCCGCUCCCGUCCCCCGCCGAGGCCCCCUCCUCCGCGGCGCACUCGCCGGCGCCGGCGCCGUCGACGUCCCUGCACUCCGCCGCCUCCACCCCAUCUCCCGCGCCUGUCCCUGCCGCCGACAAGGAAGGCGACGACGACGACGAUUCCAAGGAGAAGAAGAUGAACGCCCCAGCGCCGGCCCCGGCCGCGAUGGAGGUGAAGGCCAACACGGGCGGCGCCGACGAGCAGCGGGCGGUGGACGCGGAGAGGCGGCACGGGGAGGGCGAGAUGAACGGCGGGACGAAGGCUGGCGUGGUGGUGGGAGUGUUCUCUGCGACGGCGGUGCUGUGCCUGGCCGCCGUGGUGUACCGGAAGCGGCAGGCCAACAUCCGGCGGUCCAGGUACGCGGACUACUCGGCGCGCCUCGAGCUCGUCUGACCGGCGCAUGGUAUGGAGAUCGACGACUGGAGAUUCAAUCCUGGCUCUGUGAUCUGUCAAUGUGGCAGACACAUACUAGCGCGGUGUUUUGAUCUACUGUGUUACUCUGAUUAAUUAGAUUCAUCUUGUCCAUUCUUGGAGUUUCGAUAUAUUCUUUGAUUAGUGGGAGGUUGAGAUGGAGGAGAGCAAUAACCACCAUUGAUUGAUGUGGUGGAGACGAUGGAUGGAUCGAUCGAGGAAGACAAGAUUAUACAUACAACAGUUUUCUCUCUCUUUUGUAUGUAUACUACUACUACUACUACAUACAGACAUUGGGUUAUACUU